AUGAAUCCGCAGAUCGAACCUCUAGAUCUCUCAAUCAAAAGCAAAUGUAGGAAGAUGCUAAGCGUGAUAGAUUUCAAAUUCCUCGCUGGACUCAACGACCAUUUAGUGAAGCUGUACGAGAGAACCAACCAGCUGGAAAGGAGUGCUUCUGCGCCGCAGCGGACAGCGAGCGUCAAGAGUGUCCUGCCCUGCCAAGUUUGCAUGAAGACCUUCGACCGGCCUUCGCUACUGAAACGGCACAUGCGGACACAUACUGGUGAGAAGCCCCACAUCUGCAACGUGUGCAGUAAGGGCUUCAGCACAUCCAGCUCGCUCAACACUCAUCGCAGGAUUCAUACAGGUGAGAAGCCCCACAAGUGUCCGGAGUGCGGCAAAUGUUUCACUGCCAGUUCCAACCUCUACUAUCACCGGAUGACACAUACCAAGAACAAGCCGCACAAAUGCACGUGGUGCCCGCGCUCGUUCCCCACGCCCGGCGAGCUGCGCGCGCACGCCGUGGCGCACGCGCCCGCGACCGUGACUAGGUUGAGGCCGGCGCGCGGCUACGGGAACUACGAUCUAUAG